AUGGUGCUAAUUUUGGUAAUCCUCAUUCCAGUGUUGGUCAACUCUGUGGGCUCCGAUGGCCACUAUGAGAUGUUGGGCACUUGCCGGAUGGUGUGUGACCCCUACCUUGCUAAAGCUGGGACAACAACCACCAGUACUAGCGACAGAGGACAACCAGCCCCAUCAACUUUAGUUCAAGGUCCUCAAGGAAAGGCUGGACGUCCGGGAAAGCCAGGACCUCCUGGAGAGCCUGGGCUACCUGGCCCACCAGGUCCUGUAGGUCCACCAGGAGAACGAGGAGAACCAGGCAAGCCUGGACCAGCGGGACUGCCAGGAGGUGGAGUGACUGGUGCCAUCAGUACAGCUACAUAUACCACCGUUCCACGUGUGGCCUUCUACGCUGGCUUGAAGAACCCCCAUGAGGGCUAUGAGAUCCUAAAAUUUGACGAUGUGGUCACCAACCUUGGGAACAAUUAUGAUGCUGCAAGUGGACGGUUCAGCUGUACAGUACCAGGCACCUACUUCUUCACCUACCAUGUCCUGAUGAGAGGUGGGGACGGCACAAGCAUGUGGGCAGACCUCUGCAAAAACGGACAGGUGAGUGUGCCGGCAUUGGCACUUUUCAGUUUUAACAGUGGAACAUCUGAUUUGCUUUAA